AGAUCGAAAUAUAGACCUAUACGAGAUACAUAUGAUGUUGACAUAUACCUAACCUCAUUUUGCAACUUCUAUAGACUCUCUGAUUAGUACAACAGGUGUUUAUUGCAAUAUAAUAAAAGCCAGAAAUAAAAAAAAAGUUAAUCAUUAAACAAAAUUUAAAAAAAGAUGGAAAGUGUGUACAAACGUAGACGUGGAAUAGAGUGGGAGAGUUGUUUGUACAAAAGGUUGAUAAAUUAUUUACGAUCAAAUCAAAUGUGUAUUGACAACAUCAACAUUUCUAUUGAAGAUGUCAAAAAGUUAAGUGUCGAAAUUUUUCCCAAGCACGGUCAUAGAAAAAAGUACCAAGACAAUGUUUUGGAUUUUUUGCAGCAAUAUUCAGAUAUUAUCACCAAACAUGUUUCAGCUGAACCAAACAACACAAUCAGUGCACCAAAAUUAAAACUAUGGUUGGCAUAUAAAGAAAAGCUUGUUUCAGCAAUGAUAAAUGCCAAUGUGAGAAUGGAAAUAACUCAAUUUGUCAAGGAUCAUACUUACAAGAUUCCUUACAAUAUACGAAGAAUAAUUAUCUGCAAUAUUUAUAAUAUUCAAGAUGAGCAAUGUGAGCAGUGGAUGAUUCAGUACUUGAUAAAUGUACUGUCUUUCAAUCGACAAGAAAUUUGUGAUGAAUUGAAAAAAUUACUUCAAAACUGUUCAACUAUAAGCAGUGAAAGUUUGCACGAACCUUUUACAGGGUUUGCAGAUGAUGAAGUACAAAAGUCUAAAUCUUAUAAAAAUACUUUUGAUACCUUUGUUAAAAGCAGUGAAAGUUUGCAUGAACCUUUUACAGAGUUUGCAGAUGAUGAAGUACAAAAGUCUAAAUCUUAUAAAAAUACUUUUGAUACCUUUGUAAAUAAACAAUGUGUAAACGAUAAAGAAGUUUCAGAGAUCAUAUUGACUAAUAUGGAGCACGUAAUACCAGAAACAAAGACUUCUCAUAAGGAUAAAACUUCUAUUAGACAAAGAAAAUGUACAAGAACAAGUUUAGUUGAACUUCGUGACAAAAUAACUCAAAACGCCAUUCAGUUUUUUGAGCUAAAAGAUGAUGAGAGUGAACAAUUAUUGCUCUUAAAGAAGCUUAUUAUUCUAAGUAUAGUGACAGAAAACAAUCCUGAUUUUAACCGCUUUAUGAGUAGUGUGAGUAGAAUAUCUCGCAUUAUUAAACAAAGAAUUUUAGAAGCUCUGUUCCAAGAUGAUUUCAAUGAAUAUCAUUACUCAUUACUAGAUCUCAUGAUGCCAUAUAGAUGUCAAAUUCGAGAAAAAAAAAGAAAUAAAAGCUUUGUUUGAUAUGCACAAAAUAAAUUUUCAAAGUGAGCUGCGUGGAUUCGAAUUCUUCGAUGAUUCAGAACGUACAUUCUAUAAAGUGCUUGGCCGAAUCAACAAGUGAAACAGACAUACAGUAUGCUGUCAAAUGAUUAUUGUUAAUUUAUGAGAUCAACAUGGACGCUACAACUUUCUGGGAUUAGGAUUAAGUAUUAAUAUAAAAAAUUCAAACCCCAUUAUUAUCAAAUAUAAUUUUUAUUGAAUAAAUAUUGGCUUUCACAACAUUAAGACCAUACAACUCUUAUCUCAUUUUAUAAUAUUGAUCUUUCAUUAUAUAUUACAUUUUUUAAAAUCUUCAUAAAAGAAAUUUGUUAUAUCUAUUUAAUCUUGAAUUACAUUAUUAUCUAAAAUGUUAUAAAAUUCAAAUAUUCACUUACAAAAAUAUGGAACAAAUAUCGCCCUCUACAAUUGAAAAUUUCAUAUAUGCAUGCAGCAAUAGAUUACAUUUUUAACCUAACCUACAAUUUUAGUUCUGUGAUGACUGAUGACAACGAAACGGCUACUUAUGGAGCGAUUAUUUUGGAGCUGCUAUUUGGAAAAUAAUUGCACGCUAGGAUUGAGAAGCAAGGCCAUCUGGUUACUGCGUGUUCUACAUGAGCUAUGUCGGUUCUCAUCUGUGUUGGAAUAUCCACAGAUGUUCUUUUACCAAUUCUGCCAGAAGCUCAUUUACUACAGCUUGACUUUGUGCUGCAAUGAGUCCAUCGUCAAUAUAUAUGCCUAGAAUAAGUCUUUUAUUCUCCAUCUGGAUGAUUGCUUUAAACCAUAUAGACUUCGAAGUAACUUACAUACUUUUUUGGAUCCGUCAGAGAAACCAUGUGGCUGUUUCAUGUAUAUUGUUUCUUCGAUGUUGCCAUACAGGAAGGCUGUUUUCACAUCAAAUUGUCUAAGGACUAACCUCUCUUUUGCUGCUAUGGUGCAUCAACUAAAGUCCAGACUUGAUUUUUGCUUAGGGAAUUAAUCUCCUCCUGCAUGGCACGCUUCCAUUCAUCAGCAUCAGGACAAUUUGUGGCUUCGUGAAAGGUUCAGCUGGUACGUUUUCUUCUCUGUCAUGGUUAUCAGGUAAGUUUUCUUCUAAUCCUAUUUCAGGUUCAUCAGGUACGUUUUCUUCUCUAUCGUUUUCAUCAGGUAAGUUUUCUUCUCUUUCUCUUUCAGGUUCAUCAUCGGUUUCCUUGGAGAUCUCCCUACGUGUUUACGAAACAACAAUUUUCUACGUAAGGAACCAUCAUUGUCAUUUUUUGAUGCUGGCUUCAGGAGGACUUUUUGAGUUCACACUUAAAAACUCAAAAAAAUUUAGUCUGUAUAAGGUUUUGGACCUCCCGUCAGAUUGUUGUAGAUUCCUGACUCAUUCUAUACUGCAUCGCUAAGUAAUCGCAUUGCAAGCAGAAGAGAUGAAGAUAAAGCAGUGUUAUUUGACAGAGACCCAAAGAUUUUCUGUUAUUCAUAACUACCUGCAAACUAAAGAUAUGGACCUGGAAAGUGUAAAUAUAUUAAGGUACGAAGCUGACUGUUUUAAAAAAGCGCUUCUAAUUAAAAGACUGAUGCUUUGUGAAGAUUUGGCUCAAUCUCCAUGUGAUGUUUAAUUUUAUGAUUUUUUACCUACUCCAAUUAUCGUUCCAUUGAUACUUUAUUGAGACCAUUAACCAUUAGUAUCGAUAGAAAAGUGGAAUCUUAUUUCCUAUGUCAGUCAAAUGAGACUAUAGUAUGCUGUUACGGACUGCUGGCUAUAUAGAGGCAAGGGUCCAACCUAUUUAAAUCUAUUGCAUACUCCAGCUCGUUGGUGGCAAGCUCAAUGAAUAUUCGAGUCUACUGAACAAGUGGAACGGCGUAUUAAUCGGUAGUGGAUUGAACGACUUGAAUUGUCAGAAGGUCUCGUAAAUUUCCCUGACCAAGGAAAAUUCAACGAAUAUGUAAUUUACCGGAAAACUGUGAUAACAAAAGACUUUAGAUAAAAGCCUAGAUGAGGUCUGCGAAGCACUGGACAUCGCUUUUUGAUUUAGAAACGAGCUAUAGUAAGGGCGAGCAAGAGAAAAUCAAAGACAUUCCAAAUUUAGAUAUAAGUUUGAAGAAGUCGAACAAGGAGGAGGAGACGCCACAGGAUCCUAUCAAAUGGUUUGGUGUUCUAGUACCACAGAGUUUGAAAACCGCGCAGAAACAUUUUCAGGACGCUCUUUACCUCGCUGUAAAAAUUGCCAAUGUACAAGCUCAGUUGACAAAAGUCACAAGUCAGUCUGAGUCUUUGAAAUUGCUAAAAAAAGUCGCUAUAUGAUUAAGAUAUUUUUGAAUGAAGUUUUUGUAAUAUAUCAGAGAUGCGUAUUUUUCUAUAAGGUCUAAUUAAUUUUAAAAAGUACAGUGGCUUGUUUGUAAUAUACUUAAUAAAUAGAGAAAAAGUUCAGUUUUAU